AUGGAAAGACACAUAACCAGGGAAGAAGAUGAUGGAUUGCAGUCAUUAAAGCAAUUAUAUCUUGUUACUGCACAGAUUGAUUUAGAUAGUGAUGAGAAAGGGUGGUUGGAGAAUCUAUCUAGAAUUAUGUCACAUUAUGAGACCAUCGCUUCGGUAGCAACGUCAAAUAAUUUAGAUUGA